UAGAUUUUCGUAAAUAACAAGACACCAGAAUGUCCGUAACGGGACAUUCAGAUGUCGACAUGGAGUCGGCAUCUGCCUUCUCACCUUCUGAACCCUCCAUAGAUGGCGUAUUCGUGUCAAAGCAUAAUCAGAGCGCGGAAAUCUAUCAGAUCUUCAAAGAAGACGUAGAUGCACUACUCUCUGGCAGAACUCCACAACUAGAGCAGCCACCGUUAUUACAGCGGAUUCUACAAACAUGUGAAAGUAUGUAUGCAGUCUUUGAGGAUGAGAAGCAGCAUUUAAUGGGCGAUGUUUUAUUAUCUUGGGCAAUGAAGCAACAAAGGGUCAGCAUAGGAACUCUCUGGACACAACAACUACAUUACAAACAACUCGACGUCAUACAUCUACAAUUUGAGUACUUUGGAGAGCUCCUUCAACAAACACUUUCGGGACUGACGUAUCUAAAGCAGUAUUUCCCAACGGCAUCCUUUGAUGAGGCCUACAACAAAUUCUGCAGUAUGGCACACUAUUUUUUGUACUACUCGGUUAUCGUGAGUAGGCAACCACCAUCAGUCAUUGUGAAAUGUGGAGAGGCAGAAAAUCACCGACGGAGCCGGUUUUGGUUUAACACUGAAAUAAGGGUGCUAGGAGGUCAAGCAUUCGGUGUUGAAGCAGUAGGAGAAGGCAAUGAGGUGAAAUGCUUUCUGAUCACGGACGACACAGCAAAGCAAUUGCUAAACAACGCUUAUCUUGAAAUAUUCGAAUCGGAGGAGUUUUGCAUUGAACCACCUUCUGCUGUAUUCCAGAAGAAAGACACGAGGGGAUUGCGAGCCAAAUUCGAUGAUAUGCGUGUUGCCAAAAAAGUACAACUUCGACGAGAUUCGGUAGCAUCAAAGAGGUACUGUCUCUGUUACAGUAUCCGAUUAAAAACAAAUUGUGGCUUGGAGCUGGUCGGAAAGAAGGUCUCGCUUCCGUUUGCAGUGUUGGUUGGUCCGAAAACAGAUGUAGAAGCGAGACUUUUCUUGGAGAGAUCAUUUGCAGACUUGGUCCGGCAUCCGCUAUCGGACAUUCCGACUCAUGUUCCUUGUACGGAGAUGGCAGAUGCAUUAGAGAUGAAGUUUCAGGCUAUAGUGGAAACGCCCCAAAAGAACACAGAUGGACCAGCAGUUGUGCAACCGCGAAUGUUCACAAUGCAGGCCAAACAACACCUGAUCAAUCGCUUGAAACCAAACCCGCAGGGAUUUAUAGCUCUGGAUAACUUUAUGAAGCUGCCAGUGGCGGAGGAGUACCAACUACGUAAGAACUCCACAGAGGGUGAAUGGAAGCUGGUGCCUUUCUUCGAAUGGUUCUUCAAAUUAGCAGAGAUAGUAAACAAGUAUCUGUAUAGCAUGUGGUACGACGGGUUAGUCUUCGGAUUCUGUAGCAAAGAAGAUUCUGAGAAUCUAUUGCGAUGUAUUCCUCGAUCUGUACUUCUUGUGCGAUUCUCAGACAUUGAGUACGGCAAAAUUAAAAUCUCCGUCAAGGAUAGAAAUGGAGAUAUCCGGCAUCACUGGUACGAGCACAGCGAUCUCAAUGCUCGUGUCUUAUCUAAAGAGCUGCUCAUCAACCAGCGUUUCGCACAGAUAGAUUUGAUAUAUCCCGACAUUGACCUGGAGGUCGCUCUUGGAGGACGAGAGAAACCGCGUAUAAGGGUACCACGGAAUUUGCAACCAGACGAGAUUUACUUCGAUAAUCAGGGCGCAGCUACGUCAGCUUUUUAGCGACGAAACUCUGAUUCAUGGAGUGAUCAGCGAAAUGAAAAGUGCAUUCGUGAACAAUAAAGUUGUCAGGGUUUCAAUAAAAU